GUAAAAAGUGUAACACACCAGACAAAAAAAAAAAAAGGUAUUGUUAUAUGUGUGUGUGUGUAUAGCUUUACUUGUGUUUAAAAAAGGAGAAAUGUGACGUACAAUUGUAUGUAACUAUGCAUUCUAUGUAUAUUCUGUUGAUUAUGUGAGGGGAGUAACAUACAAACAACUCAAGAAUACAACAUAAAAAGAGAGAAUCAAACUGGAUAGAUUGUUUUCUUUAGUAUGUUAUUAACUACUCUCUACUCUUUAAUAACAAUAUGUGUUGUACCAUUUGUUAUGGCACAGACUAAACUUGAAAUUAAUCUUACUGAAUUGCGCUAUGGUGUUCGCUAUGAUUUGGAGUGCAACCCUACUCAUGGAGAAGACUAUCCUGACCCUGAUGUUGUAUGUGAUUUUGUUUAUUUUUUGAACGGUGACUUUGAUCAAGCCAAAAGCUCAGGUCGAAAGUGUAGCCGCGAAUACUUUCCAUUCUCAGUGCUUAUUUUGGGAGAAUAUGAAGGUGAAAGGAUCAGCUAUUAUCGACUUUUCUCUAAUCAAUGUCAAGCUCGCGACUUUUUUGAUAUUUUGUUUCCUUUUCCUGAAGGAGAACUACCAAGACAAUAAAUAUAAACCAUUAUCUAUAUGUUAUCCUUGUUUAUGAUGUCAAAGUAUUUCUACCAAAAAAAAAAAAAAUGAUGUCAU